CUGUGCCUCCCCUCGGAUACUCACUUCUCUUUCCAUAAGCCGUCUGCUCAAAGCCAGGAGACCCACGAGUGGUAGAUGCCAUUGCAGGGGAUAUAUGAUUAAGAGCUAAGAAGCAAGAAGACUUGUCAUCGAGAUGGGCAGAGUCCAGAGACCUCCACCCGGACAGCACCGGCAUUGUGAGAAAUGUUUCCAUCGACAGUGUCAGGUUCCAGUAGAGCCAAGUAUCUCCUGCCUGGUGAUUAGUUGCCGCCGGCUUUGUGGAGCAGCUUUCCACAUGUGCAAAGAGGAAGAGCAUGAGUUACUUUGUCCCCUAGAGCAGGUUCCUUGCCUCAACUCUGCUUAUGGCUGUCCUCUCUCCAUGGCCCGACAUAAAUUGGCAAAGCACCUUCAGGUGUGCCCAGCUAGUGUGGUCUGCUGCUCCAUGGAGUGGAACCGUUGGCCAAAUAUAGACUCAGAAACGAUUCUUCAUGAGAAUAUUAUGAAAGAGCCCCAUAGUGAGGAAUGUUUAGAUACAGCCCUGGCCAUCCAGGAUCAAAAGGUCCUUUUUGGCUCUCUGAAUAUGGUAGAGCUUUUCCCAGAAACCAGAGAGUUUACAGAGGAGGAAUUGGAAAUGGACACUGAUGCCAUUUUGGAGGAACAAGGAGCAGUUGGUGGGGUGGACUCUCGUUCUCUGCCAGUAAGUGGAAUGUCCCCUAAUGGUGAGAUAGUGGAACUGAGCCAGCAAGAACGAGAGGCUUUGGCAAAAGACAAAGAAGGGAUGGAUCUGGCCAGUUUUGGGAAAUGGGAAAACAUUUUCAGUAAAGAGCAUGCAGCAUCACUGUUAACAAAUUCAUCAGCAAACCCUGAGGGCAAGAGUAAUAAAGACAAAGGGAGAGAACAGAAUUCCAGUCAGGGCAAUGCUUCUGAGAAGGACAAUGGCAUGGAGAAAGAAGCCCAGGCAAACCAAGAGGAGAAGGACCCCUAUAGAAACAUGGAAACCACAGGAUUUGCCCCUUGGCAAGACGGUGUCCUGGAAAGACUGAAGGCAGCCGUGGAUGUAAAAGACUAUAAUAUGUACCUGGUGCAUAAUGGAAGGAUGCUGAUCCACUUUGGCCAGAUUCCUGCUUGUACUCCUAAAGAAAGGGACUUCGUCUAUGGCAACCUAGAGGCUCAGGAAGUCAAGACCGUUUAUACCUUCAAAGUCCCAGUGAGCUACUGUGGAAAGAGGGCCCGCCUUGGCGAUGCCAUGACGGCCAGCAGGCCAAGUGAACACAAGGCUACGGAUACCUCCGAUUUGGGGAUUGAUGUAGAAGAACUACCCAAGUCGGAUCUAAUCAAAACUACCCUUCUGUGUGCGAUGGAAAGAGAGCUGAAGGGCCAUGUAAUCUCCGAAUCAAGGAGCAUAGAUGGCCUCUUCAUGGACUUUGCAACCCAGACCUACAACUUUGAGCCAGAACAGUUUUCCUCAAGUACAGUGCUGGCGGACCUCACUUCCGAGGGUCCCCCGGGUCUCCACGUGGAACUCCAGAGCGAGUGCGUGACCAGGAGACAUAACAAGAGCAGCUCGGCUUUUACCUUUACGUGCAACAAAUUCUUUAGGAGGGACGAGUUCCCGUUGCACUUCAAGAACGUCCACUCUGAUAUUCAGUCGUGCCUCAAUGGCUGGUUCCAGCAUCGAUGUCCACUGGCCUACUUGGGGUGCACCUUUGUUCAAAGUCAUUUCCGCCCUCCGGGACAAAGAGCCAAAGUGAUCUACAGUCAGAAACUCAGGACGUUUGCCAUCAAGCCCGAGGUUGCUCCAGAACUGGGGCCCAGAGGGAACGGCCAGAGGUCGCUGACCAGCCUGCCCCUGGAGAUACUGCAGUAUAUCGCGGGCUUCUUAGAUAGCGUCAGCUUGGCUCAGCUGUCCCAGGUGUCUGUCCUCAUGAGGAACAUCUGUGCCACGCUCUUACAAGAGAGGGGGAUGGUCCUCUUGGAAUGGAAGAAAAAGACCUAUUCUCAUGGGGGCACUGGCUGGAGGGCUCACCAAAAGAUCUGGCAAUUCAGCAGCCUUUUCUCCAGAAUUAACAGCUGGCAGUUUAACGAAGUCACCUCCAUGUCAGAGCACUUGAAGACUUGCCCCUUCAACAUUGUAGAACAUAGGACAGACCCAGUUCUUCUGACCAGCAUGUGUGAGCAGCCCGAACAAGCCAGGAAGAGCCUGGUCACCACCUUCAGGCCUAGACCAUGAGGAGGAAAUCCUUGAGAAGGUGCUUCCCCACUUCUUCCUCUCUUCCCCUGUCUUCCCCCAGCCUCCUAGAAGGACAAUUGUGUUGUGAUUUUGAGGAUCAGCUUCCUGCAUCUGUGGAAUAUUGGGUUCUUAGAAGCUUCAGCCAACUCACCAAGCCUAGUAAUUCCCUGUUGUAAUUCUUUAGGUUAGCUACAUUACCUCCUUCUCCCACCACCCCUCCUCAGCUGAUUCAUUUCCUUACUGCUUAAGAAAUCGGUCUAAAAGAUAGCAAUUGGAAAAGAAAGUGGCUCAUUAGGCAAUCACGAAAUCAAGAAGAAAAUACAGACUUUAGAAGAGGAGAAAGGAAGUCAGUUACCCGAUGGACAGCCCUCCCCCAUGAACAGGGUUCAUUCAUCCGGGCAUCACAGAAAAAUUCCCAAGCUGAGUGCCCUAGAGGCAAGGCACUGCUCAGAUCCAAAAAGGAGGAGUUGGGGGACUUCAGUUACAGUCAGUGAUUUGGAGAAGGGCCCCUUUAGGCAUAGGGAAAAGGCAAAGGUCAUAAGGUAGAACGACCCCUUCCAACAGUUUUUAACUAUAAACAUUCAAGGAAAGUGUGCCGGGGACACAAAGCCAGAAAUAGUUGUCCCUGUCAUCUGGUUAGCUCAUAGUCUACAGAUUUAGUGCUUUUGAUUUCUCCCGCUUUUGUCAUUGUCAUUCCUUGAGAAAGAGAGAGAAAGAGAAAGAGAGAACAAUGAUUACAUAUAACAAAAGGUAGCUACUGGAUUAUCUGGCAUCUGAGUAGCUGUGAUUGACUUCCAAUCUGGCAUGAUUAACUCAGAACUGGAUAUCACCAUUUAGAGAAAUGGAGAAAACACGAGUUUUAUCAUUUAUAGGGGCAAGCCCUGACCGUGGAUGUAAGUCCCUUUUUCAUAAUGAUGUGUAACUUUGGGAAACCCAAUUUUCCUUAUUAUACAAUCCAAUCCAAUUGGGGCAGCUAAGUGUCUCAGUACAGCCAGGCCUAGAGAGAGGAAGUUCCUGGUUCAAAGGUGACCUCAGACCAUUUCUAGCUGUGUGAUCCUGGGCAAGUCACUUAACCCCAUUUGCCUAGCCCUUACCACUCUUUUGCCUUAGAAUGGAUAAGAAAGAAGGUAAUGGUUAAAAAAAUUUUAAAUUCAAUCCUGUAAAUAUUCCCUAAGCACAGUACAAAACAUCAUACCAGGUUUUGGAAGUAUGUAGACAAAAUGAAAAAUAAUCUUUGCCCCCACGGGACUUCUAGCCAACUGAUGGGGACCACAGUGUAUAAUAUAAGUAGUUAAAUCCACAUGUGAUCAUUUGAACAGAAAGAGAAUAUUAUAUCCCAUUGCUCUGACUGUAUUGGGGUUUUUUUGCUACAAGGUACUAUUUU